AUGGAGUUGGAUCUUUCACCCAAGCUGCCCAAGAAGGUGUACGGAGGAGACGGUGGCUCGUACUUUGCAUGGUGCCCUGAAGAGUUGCCUAUGCUCCGUGAUGGCAACAUUGGAGCCUCUAAGCUCGCUCUUGAGAAGUAUGGCUUUGCCCUUCCUCGUUACUCUGAUUCCCCCAAGGUCGCUUAUGUUCUUCAAGGAGCUGGAACAGCUGGAAUUGUUCUCCCUGAGAAAGAGGAGAAAGUGAUUGAAAUCAAGAAAGGAGAUUCCAUAGCUUUACCAUUCGGUGUAGUGACAUGGUGGUUCAACAAUGAAGAUACUGAGCUUGUCAUUCUCUUCCUCGGUGAGACUCACAAGGCUCACAAAGCAGGACAGUUUACUGACUUUUACCUAACCGGAUCCAACGGGAUCUUCACCGGUUUCUCAACCGAGUUCGUAGGCAGAGCUUGGGAUCUUGAUGAAGCCACGGUGAAGAAGCUCGUCGGUUCUCAGACCGGUAAUGGAAUCGUGAAGAUUGAUGCGAGUUUGAAGAUGCCUUCACCGAAGAAAGGUGAUAGAGAAGGGUUUGUUUUGAAUUGCCUUGAGGCUCCUCUUGAUGUUGACAUCAAGAAUGGUGGAAGAGUUGUUGUGUUGAACACAAAGAAUCUUCCUUUGGUUGGUGAAGUUGGAUUUGGAGCUGAUCUUGUGAGGAUCGAUGGACACUGUAUGUGUUCUCCUGGUUUCUCUUGUGACUCUGCUCUUCAGGUUACUUACAUUGUUGGUGGUAGUGGUCGUGUUCAGAUCGUUGGAGCUGAUGGGAAGAGAGUUCUUGAGACUCAUGUCAAGGCUGGCUAUAUGUUCAUUGUUCCUAGGUUCUGUGUUGUUUCCAAGAUUGCUGAUUCUGAUGGCUUGUCUUGGUUCUCCAUUGUCACUACUCCUGACCCCAUUUUCACGCAUUUGGCUGGGAGGACAUCGGUGUGGAAGGCUUUGUCUCCGGAGGUUUUGCAGGCCGCGUUCAAGGUGAGUCCGGAGGUGGAGAAGGCUUUCCGAUCUAAGAGGACUUCUGAUGCCAUUUUCUUCCCUCCUUCCAACUAG